AUGUCAAACGAUUGGUGGACAUCUUCCACCUCUCAACAUCAUUAUCAUACACCUCAACGACCUUCAUUCCCCGGUCCUGGCUCUAAUGCGGCAUCAGGAUCAGGAGCAGGUUCAGGUUCUGGAGCAGGAUCAGGAUCAGGAUCAAGUCUCGUUCAUUCCGUUUCGCAAAGAGCUAGAUUCGGAGGAGCGAUUGCUGGAGACGAACUAGAUCCAGAAGAUGCCAAAAUGGCAGAAUCCAUCAAAUUCUUACCUUCUUUCGCUAAUUCUCCAGCGGGCAAAUUGGCUCUGGGAACAAGUCCUCAAUCUUCAUCAUCAAAUACCAAUACAAUGGGUAUGGGUAUGGGUAUGGGUUCAUUCGGUAAUGCUGGAAAUCAAGUGGGAAGUCCUGGUGAAGGGAGAAGAUCCCCCGCUGCCAAUGUCGCAAGAGGUAAUGAACGAGACUCCCCUAGACACGCACGAAGAUCACUGCUCCAUCAAAAUUCACUCAACUCUUCUACUUUCGGUGGUGGAAUGGCUGUAGAUGAAGAUAUGCCUCCUACUGCAAGUCUCAGAGAUUCAGUCAAUAAUCAGAUCCCUUCAGGGCAAGUCACUACCCCCAUCGAACUUCCAACACCUCAAUCGUUAAUUCCGUCACCCACCACUACCUCUCUACACAUCUUCGGCCCGCCUCUGGAAGUCUUACCGACCCUCCAAUCAUACUUAUCCCAAUUCGGUCAAAUAACAUCAUACAGACCUGGACCCGAAGGAUCUAAUUGGUGGGUAAUCGAUUACUCUACUCCUUUAGCUGCAAGUUACGCCUUAAGACGUCAUGGUGAAAUAAUCAAUGGAAGAUGGAUGAUCGGAUUCAAAGUCUCAAGAGAAGGUUCAACAUCCGGCUGUACCCUAGUCCCAGGUCAGAAUACUCAAGGCCAAGGUCAAGAUGCUGUGUCAAGAGGUGGGAGUGGCGCUGGAACUCCAAUUAGGAUACAACAAAAUUCAAAUUCGAUUAUAAAACAAAAACAACAAGUAAAGAAGAUAGAAAAUACCAAAAAUAAUAAUAAUAAGAAUAACGAAUAUUCUUGGGAUGAAGAUGAACAUAGAAAUAAUGGUUGGUCAGGUUGGGUCAGUGAAAGAUUGGUAAGUGUUCCGUCAUCCAAUUGA